GUGUGUGUGUGUGUGUGUGCUUUUAUGAAACUGAGAAAUAAGAGAAGUGCAGCUCUGAGAGAGAAAUCCACGCCCCCACAGUGGGACAGGAAACUCUAUCUGAAGCGAUAAAAUACAGCGGUGAGGUAAGUGAAUGUGCAAGAACACAACUGUGAAGAGACAGAGAGAGAGAGGAGAGAGAGAGAGAGAGGAGAGAGAGAGAGAGGAGAGAGAGAGAGAGGAGAGAGAAUGAGAAAGACACAAGAAUAGAAUAAGAAAGUAGGGGGGCGGGGUGAGACAGAGAAGAGAGGAAAGGAGGAAGAAAGAGAGUGAGAAAAAAAGAGAGAGAUAAUGGUGCCAAGCACACAACAAAUGAGGGAGGACUGAAUGGAAAUAUAGAUAGAAGGCAGAGAGAGAGAGGAAGAGAGAGAGAGAGAGAGAGAGAGAGAGAGAACACAGAAAAAGGAGACAGAACAGCGUGUCUGCUUCAGUAAGCAUGUCCACUAUCAACGAGAGGAAAGUAUGUGAUAUGAUUUCUCUCCUCUCCUCUGUUCAGUUGGGACAAGAUCACAGUCAUAGGGCACCAGGAUCUGAUCAGUUGCCCUGAACCAGCCUUUAGAAGAACGACCUUGGGCUCAGUUGGGUAACAGCAAUGCUCAGCCUACACAUGUGACUACUGCUGUCCCUAAGAGAGAGCUGCUAUGACCAUCCAGCAUCAUGAAUAACAGUGUGGACGAGUUCAACAUUUGCUUGCGCCUCAGGAAAAGACAGUGGCUCUGCUACUCAACGCCAUCUAGCCAAUCUCCACUCUGAUAAGGUCAGGUCAGGAGAAGGAGCACUGCCGUUUCCCACUGGGUGCUUAAAGAAAAAUUUAAUCUAACCAUUGAUUGAAAAAAACAUUGAUUCAAAUCAUCACCUGGAAAAAGAAAGGGGCUCGUUCUGGGCCCAGGUGCUGCUUUCCGGGAGUCCUGGUGCCACCGACGACUGGAAAAUGAAUGGACCCGUGAACGACUCAUGCCCGGACGAUUCCAGCGCCUUGCAACAUUACGAGCACCAGACCUACGCCAUCAUCUACUCCAUCAUCCUGGUGCCGGGCCUGAUCGGUAACGUUCUGGCGCUCUGGGUAUUCCACGUGUACGUCAAGGAGACCAAGAAGGCGGUUAUCUUCAUGAUCAACCUGGCAGUGGCCGACCUUCUCCAGGUGCUCUCGCUGCCGCUGCGCAUCUACUACUACCUGAACAACUCCUGGCCCUUCGGCCGCGGCCUCUGCAUGUUCUGCUUCUACCUGAAGUACGUCAACAUGUACGCCAGCAUCUUCUUCCUGGUAUGCAUCAGUGUGCGGCGCUGCAUGAUGGUGCUGAACCCGUUGAGUUACACCACCUGCCGGCGCCGGCUCGACCGGAGCCUCUGUGCCGCCGGUUGGCUCUUCGUCUGCCUCUGCUGCCUGCCAUUUCCACUGUUGCGCGGUGGCGGAUCUGACAGCAAGUGCUUCGCGGAGCUGCCCGUGUCUCCUGUGCCCACAUGGGCUGGCCUGGUGCUGAUGGUUGGCGCUGAGCUCCUUGGCUUCCUGUUGCCAUUCGGUGUGGUAGGCACGUGCACGUGGCUGGCGGCGGGUAGUCUCCGGGACAGGCAUCCGCGUGUGCCGCAGGACGGCGGGGAGAAGCGGCGGGCGCUGCGGAUGGUGCUGAGCUGCGCCGGGGUGUUCCUGCUCUGCUUCCUGCCCUACCACGUCACCUUCCCGCUGCACUGGGCCGCCAAGUCACGCUGGAGGAGCAGCUGCCAGUUCCGCGCCACGGUGCUGCGCUGCCACCCCGUCACACUCUGCCUGGCCAGCCUCAACUGCUGCCUGGACCCUCUCAUGUACUACUUCACCACCGAGGAGUUCCGCAGGCGCCUGUCUCGCCCAGAGCUCCCCGAGAGUCUGCACCUCCAGCGGCGGAUGUCCUGCAUCACCACCGACGACAAGGCCCUGCCCUCGGAACUAGGAUGCUAACCAUAACUGGGAUGUGGAGUUACGGAGCUUUUGUGUACACGCUCCCAAACCAAUCUCGUUCCAAGUCCACAGGAAGGACGGCUCCUAGGCAAACUCUAAGCAGCUUGAUCUGUCAGUGGAGACUGAGAUUUGCACCAUGGCAACUCCUGAACCAUAAGCAGAACGGAGUUCGUCUGUAAGCUGGACGCCAGAAACUGCGAUGAAGUUUCCCGUGCCAAAGGCUGCUUGGGCAACAGGGAGUGAGAGGCCCCAUUGGACGGUGCACAGGAAGAUGUGGCCAAGGGAGAGGAACUGAGGUACCCUCUUGGCAGAGAGAGGACUUCUGAGGACAGACUUGAGGAAGGGGGGACCUGAGAAACAGGGGAAGUAGGACGUGGACGAAACCACUGGACUGCAGAGCAAUGACCGUUCAACACUGUGAAGAGUACUCAUAAUGGUAUUCAAAACAUUUUGGAAAAGUGAGAGCAGUGAGGGAUUACUGCUACUGCGGACGUACCUGAAUUAAAUGUAUUUAAUAUACUGUGAUAAAACAGAGACGGACUGUGGAGGAACAGUGAGGACUAAACCAGCUAGGUUGGAUCACAUUGUUUUUGCAGUGGGUAUGUUUAUAUGUGAAUUCCCUACUGUGGGGAAGUGGAUUAUUGGUACAGAGAAAUCAGGAAAUGCUGAGUCCAAUUCAGUCUUUCCAAGAACAUGUGAUGGGACCACAAACAUCAGAGCUAAUUUUACCAACACUCAAUGACCAAAGAGUCAGGGAGAGAAGAUCACAUGCAACCUGUCAGUCAGCUGAGCUGUAUGUUAUUGUUCCUGCUGAAGGUAUAUUAAAUCAUAUAUUUUUCUACAUUGUA